GAAGCAAUGCUGUCCACAUACUUUGAAACCAUCAACGACCUGUUGUCCUCCUUUGGGCCUGUUCGGGACUGCUCUCGGAACAAUGGGGGCUGCACUCGUAACUUCAAGUGUGUGUCUGACCGCCAGGUGGACUCUUCAGGAUGUGUGUGCCCCGAGGAGCUGAAACCCAUGAAGGAUGGCUCCGGCUGCUACGACCACUCCAAAGGCAUCGAUUGCUCCGAUGGCUUUAACGGCGGCUGUGAGCAGCUGUGCCUGCAGCAGACGCUGCCUUUGCCCUACGAUGCCACCUCCAGCACCAUCUUCAUGUUCUGCGGUUGUGUGGAGGAGUACAAGCUGGCUCCCGAUGGAAAAUCCUGCCUAAUGCUCUCAGAUGUCUGCGAGGGCCCCAAGUGCCUCAAAGCUGACUCCAAAUUCAAUGACACCCUCUUUGGAGAGAUGCUACAUGGAUACAACAACCGGACCCAGCAUGUGAACCAAGGCCAGGUCUUCCAGAUGACCUUUAGGGAGAACAACUUCAUCAAGGACUUUCCCCAGCUGGCUGAUGGGCUGUUGGUGAUCCCACUGCCGGUGGAAGAGCAGUGCCGGGGGGUCCUCUCUGAGCCCCUCCCAGACCUUCAGCUGCUCACUGGAGACGUCAGGUAUGACGAAGCCAUGGGUUACCCCAUGGUGCAGCAAUGGCGGGUCCGGAGCAACCUCUACCGUGUGAAACUCAGCACCAUCACCCUCUCAGCAGGCUUCACCAACGUCCUCAAGAUACUGACCAAGGAGAGCAGCCGGGAAGAGUUGCUGUCCUUUAUCCAGCACUAUGGCUCCCACUACAUCGCAGAGGCGCUCUAUGGCUCAGAGCUCACCUGCAUCAUCCACUUCCCCAGCAAGAAGGUGCAGCAGCAGCUGUGGCUCCAGUACCAGAAAGAGACCACAGAGCUGGGCAGCAAGAAGGAGCUCAAGUCUAUGCCUUUCAUCACCUACCUCUCAGGUCUGUUGACAGCUCAGAUGCUGUCAGAUGACCAGCUCAUCUCAGGUGUGGAGAUUCGCUGUGAGGAGAAGGGUCGCUGUCCAUCCACCUGUCACCUUUGCCGAAGGCCAGGCAAGGAGCAGCUGAGCCCCACACCCGUGCUGCUGGAAAUCAACCGUGUGGUGCCACUUUAUACUCUCAUCCAAGACAAUGGCACGAAGGAGGCCUUCAAGAGUGCACUGAUGAGUUCCUACUGGUGCUCAGGGAAAGGGGAUGUGAUCGAUGACUGGUGCAGGUGUGACCUCAGCGCCUUUGAUGCCAGUGGGCUCCCCAACUGCAGCCCCCUUCCGCAGCCAGUGCUGCGGCUGUCGCCAACAGUGGAGCCCUCCAGCACCGUGGUCUCUUUAGAGUGGGUGGAUGUUCAGCCAGCUAUUGGGACCAAGGUAUCUGACUAUAUUCUGCAGCACAAGAAAGUGGACGAAUAUACAGACACAGACCUGUACACAGGAGAAUUCCUGAGUUUUGCUGAUGACUUGCUCUCUGGCCUGGGCACAUCUUGUGUAGCAGCUGGUCGAAGCCAUGGAGAGGUCCCUGAAGUCAGUAUCUACUCAGUCAUCUUCAAGUGUCUGGAGCCUGAUGGUCUCUACAAGUUUACUCUAUAUGCUGUGGAUACUCGGGGGAGGCACUCAGAGCUUAGCACAGUGACCCUGAGGACGGCCUGUCCACUGGUGGAUGACAACAAGGCAGAAGAGAUAGCUGACAAGAUCUACAAUCUGUACAAUGGCUACACAAGUGGAAAGGAGCAGCAGACCGCCUACAACACGCUGAUGGAAGUCUCAGCCUCCAUGCUGUUUCGGGUCCAGCACCACUACAACUCUCACUAUGAAAAGUUUGGAGACUUUGUCUGGAGGAGUGAGGAUGAACUGGGGCCCAGGAAGGCCCACCUGAUCCUGCGGCGGCUAGAGCGGGUAAGCAGCCACUGCUCCAGCCUCCUGCGAAGCGCCUACAUCCAAAGCCGUGUGGACACCGUGCCCUACCUUUUCUGCCGUAGCGAGGAAGUCCGGCCUGCUGGCAUGGUGUGGUAUAGCAUCCUCAAGGAUACCAAAAUCACGUGUGAGGAGAAGAUGGUGUCCAUGGCCCGGAACACGUAUGGAGAGUCCAAGGGCCGGUGAGGGAGGGGACCGCCCUCCAUGAGCACAGAGACUCUCCAUGGGAGGGGGAGCAGUGCUGGCGUGGAUCCUGGGGCCGGGUGGGCAGGGGGACGGCUGAGGAUGGGCCUGGCAGAUGAAGCUUGCCAGCAAGGCCAAAGCAAACUGCUUCUCUGGAUAGUGGACAGAGACCUUUGUAACCUAUGGAAUUACUCAUUUUUCUCUUUUAUUUUUUCUAAGAUAUUAUUUGACUCUAUCAAAAGUCUCUCCUUUUUAAACCUUUUCUUAUGGAUGGCAGUCCGUCCUGAGGCAGAAGCUUUCAGGUGGAGACCAAGCGGCCUUUCCUCUUCUUCCUCCCUCCUGCCACUCAGCUUCCUUCCUGCCAUGGACCCCGGGAGGAGACUUAUGGAAAGACUGUUUGCCCUCUUCGGCAUCAGGAAGGAAGCCCGAGGACUGCUGCAGUGAGGAAGCUUGGGUCUUUAAGGA